CUCAAUUCUCGUGUUUUAAUUGUCCAUAGGCAUAUAUAUAUAGCAUUUCUUGAAAAAGACAAAUAUUUAAUUAAUGAAUUAUUUAAUUAAAUAAGUGUUUUUGAAUAUGCUAAGCGAUUAUGGAGGAGAUAUGUGAAAGAUGUUAUAAAAAAGCUUCUCAUACUUGUGCAAGGUGUGGGGAACCUUAUUGUAGUGAAAAUUGCCAAAGAAUUGAUUGGCCCAAUCAUCGUCUAGUAUGCAGAAAAAUGCCUGAUCUCGUACCAUUCGUAAAGUAUCGCGAAGAAGUAUAUAAAGAGCUGCAGCCAAAAAAAGAGAUUUCUAGCGAAAGGAACAUAGUUCAUGCAUAUGUUGACAAUCAUGAAGAUCCAAAUAGCAAUAAUCACAAUGAUCAACAACAACAUGAUCAGCUUGUUGGUCCGAUGACUCGAAAACAUUUUAAUAACAAUGAACAGCACAAUGAUUCUAAACGAUAUGAUCAAAGUAAUAGAUUGCAGGAAUCCAAUGUUCAACAAAAGUGGGAUCGCGAAGCUGUUAAAGAUAAAUUUAUUGAUAAACAAUAUGAAAAAGAUUUUAGUUGUGAUCCACAGUAUCCUGGUAUUGAUGCUCAAUCUUUACGAUGUGACACAAAACUUGAUAAUGUUUCUGAACAAAAUAAGUGGGAGAAUCGUCAAGAAUUUAACAAAGGCGGUGAUAUACUAAAUGGUAAACAAUGUUCAAGUUUUCGAACAUCUAGUACUAAAUAUAAACAACGUCAUGAUUACGAUGAAAUGGGUACUACUUAUGUUCAAAACCGUUUAAUUUAUAAUGAACAAUGUAACAAAUCCCAACAAAAUUAUAAAAACAUUGAACUACAGGAUUAUAAGGUUCCUGAAGAAAACUUUGAUACUGAUAUUGUCGAAAAAGAUUCUGGUUAUAAGUUAAGUAAUCAAAAAUAUCCUGAUAUUGACAAUCAAUACUUACAACUGGGUAUUCAACUUGAUAAUGUUUCUAAACAAAAUAAGUGGGAGAAUUCUAAAGAGUUUGACCAAAAUAAUUACAAAGAAAUUGGUAAACAAUCUAACAAUCGUAAUGGUUUUCGAAAGCAUGACGUUAAUGAUAUUCAAGUAAUUUCUGAUAAUAGUGUUCAACAUAAUAUGGGUAAUUCAGAAUCUUUUACUCAUCUUCCACAGCAGAAACGUCUUGAUAAUUCCGAUGGAAUUGGUACUAGUACUCAAAAAUCUUUAAGUUAUAAUAAACAACGUAACCAUUCUGAAGAAUAUAAUAAAAAUCAUGAACUACUGGAUUACAAGGCUGUUGAAGAAAUAUUUGAUGUUGAUAUUGUCGAAAAAAAUUCUGGUUAUAAGUUAAGUAAACAAAAAUAUCCUGAUAUAGACAAUGAAUACUUACAACGGCGUACUCAACUUGGUAAUGUGUCUCAACAAAAUAUGUGGGAGAAUUCUAAAGAGUUUGACCAAAAUAAUUACAAAGAAAUUGUAAAACAAUCCAAGAGUCGUGAUGGUUUUCAAAAUCAUGACGUUAAUGAUAUUCAAGUAAUUUCUGAUAACAGUGUUCAACAUAAUAUGGAUAAUUCAGAAUAUUUUACUCAUCUUCCACAGCAGAAACGUGUUGAUAAUUUCGAUGGAAUUGGUACUAGUACUCAAAAAUGUUUAAGUUCUAAUAAACAACACAACCAUUCUGAAGAAUAUAAUAAAAAUCAUAAACUACAGAAUUAUAAGGCCAUUGAAGAAACAUUUAAUGCUGAUAUUGUCAAAAAAGAUUCUGGUUAUGCGUUAAGUAAUAAUCAAAAAUAUCUGGAUAUUGACAAUGGAAAAUUACAACGUGGUAUUCAAUUUGAUAAUGUUUCUAAACAAAAUAAGUGGGAGAAUUCUAAAGAGUUUGACCAAAAUAAUUACAAAGAAAUUGGUAAACAAUCCAACAGUCGUAAUGGUUUUCAAAAUCAUGACACUAAUGAUCUUCAAGUAUUUCCUAAUAACAGUGGUCAACAUAAUAUGAAUAAGUGGGUGGAACCUAAAGAACCUCUUCAUGUUGUUAAAACAGAAAGUGGUAAUCAAGCAAUGAAAUCUAAAUCUUUCAAACAUUGUGCUGGUGAUAUUCAAGUUACUUGUAAUAGAAAACAAAGUAGUGAUGGCACAUCUCAAACUCAAGAGUGUUUUAAAACACAAAAACGAUAUGAGGAAUUACGAGUUGAAAAUGUUGAUCAACCAAGAAACGAUCGCUUUAAAUUGUCAUAUGGUAAAAAAAAUAAAAAAUCAGGUGGCAAGGAUAUAAAAGACCUGGAUACGGAUAUUCGAUUGUAUCUCGGUAAUAAUCUAAAACAGCGCCUUGAAUGUGCAAGGCAAGGUAUUAAUUUUCUACCAAUACCUUUUAAGAACAAUUAAAUUAAUUGAAUAAUAUAUAAUAUAUAUAUAUAUAAUAGUUCAAGUUCGUUUUAUGACUUUUGACAUUAUGAAAUUUAUUAAAAAAUUUGGCAAUUGAAUAACUGGUUUAUAGUCUAUGUUGAAAAGUAUAUGUAA